UGAUUUCACAAGCUCGUCGUCACUGUGUUCGCAGGAAGAUCUGUCUCUUCUUCCUCCUCCUCCUCCUGAAAACCCCAAUUUGCAGUGUUAUGUAUAAAUCUUUACACUCUGAAAACCCUAUCCAAUGGUGGGACCCAAAAGGCAAUUCCUCCCACUGAUCUUCAUCUCCCUCGCCGCUUUCAUCUUCUACACUCUCCACCAUUCUACUUUCCCUCCUUCAAUCCCCGAAUUCAACCCCAAUUUCACUCUCUCUACCCCAAUUCGAACCCGAAACCCCCUUUUCCCCAACUUCACUUUCGUCAUCAAAGUCCUCGCCUUUAACCGCCUCGAUUCUCUCUCCCGGUGCCUCCGUUCCCUCGCCGCCGCCGAUUACCUCGGCGACCGCGUUCACCUUCAUAUUCACAUUGACCAUUUUUCCCUCGACAACGCCUCCUCCGUGGAUCACAAGCUUCGUGAAUCGCAUCGGAUUUUGGAGUACGUUGAUGGGUUCGAUUGGAAAUUCGGCGAAAAAGUGGUGCAUUACAGAACCAGCAACGUGGGUUUGCAGGCACAGUGGUUGGAGGCGUGGUGGCCAAGUUCCGAUGACGAGGUUGCGUUCAUUGUGGAGGAUGAUUUGGAGGUUUCGUCGCUUUACUAUGAGUUCGUUAAGACAUUGAUUUUGAAUUUCUAUUACAAUGGUUCCAAUUAUAGCCCAUCCAUCUAUGGAGUCUCGUUGCAACGAGCAAGGUUUGUUCCAGGUAAACAUGGAAACAAAUUACAGUUGGAUGAUCAGACACGACUUUUCUUGUAUCAGUUGGUUGGCACAUGGGGUCAAGUUCUCUUUCCAAAGCCAUGGAAAGAGUUUAGGUUGUGGUACGACAAAAACAAAGCAAAAGGGAAUAAACCAUUUCUUGAGGGGAUGGUGACUACAGGAUGGUAUAAGAAGAUGGGAGAGAGAAUUUGGACACCUUGGUUUAUUAAGUUUAUUCAAUCCCGUGGUUAUUUUAAUAUCUAUUCAAAUUUUUUGCAUGAGAGAGCAUUAAGUGUCUCUCACAGAGAUGCGGGAGUGAACUACGGGAAAACUGCUGGACCUGAUUCUAAAUUACUAGAGGAAAGAUCUCUGGACUUCAACCUUUUGGAAAUGCAACCUUUGAGUAGUUUAAAAUGGUUCGAUUUUUGUUUCAGAGAAGUACAUCCUGAAAAGGUUGUUGGGAACCUAGAAGAACUAGGAUCUUUUCUUCGUUCUCUUUGGAAACAAGAUAGUGUCUUCUUCGUAAAUCUCUUCGGGGUGUCAAAUGCUAUAGCAAGAAACAUACUGUGCUACUUUGAGAGGCUAAAUAUCAGGAAUUACUUACUCAUGGGCCCUCCAUCUGACUUCUUAUUUGAUCUGGCAAGGAGGGGACAUCCUGUAAUUGAUGUAGACCAAUUUAUAAGUAGCGUUGGAUUGUAUAAAUUGACUUCGCAAGGUUCAAGUAUUGAGACCAUCAAGGGUAUUUUGACAAAGACACAAGUAAUUAAAAUUUGUAUCGAGAAUAAGUAUAACACUUGGGUUAUGGAUGGGAGCAUGCUUCUCACUUCAGACCUCUUGUCUGAGGCCAGAGAUCCCAAUGAUGACUUCUUUGUUGCAAACAACUUGGAACUCUUUUAUGUUAAAAGCUCAUCUUCUAGUGAGAAAAUCUGGGUUGAUGACUUUGUGUCCAAGGUUGUAGCCAAGGCAGAAUCUUUGGCAGGAAAAGAUUCACCAACCCUUGGUAGUAGCUUAAGCUUUGUGAAUAUUGUAACAAAAUUGUUGGAACAGAAUGGUGCGAGGAUUAGAAGAGUUGAUGAGACUUCUUUUGGCACGAAAAUUGGCUCUGGUAAUGUUAGUGGAUCUUCUCUUGGAAAUAAAAAGUUGGUGUAUUGGUCAACUGAGGUGGAGCUGGAUUCAAUUCAGAAAUGGCUUGAAGAGUUGAAUUUGUGGAGCAUAGACAGUGAUUUAUCCUGCACCGCAGUGGUCUGCCACAAGUCGUAGCAUUUUAUGGAAGCUAGUAGUUCUACAAUUUUUUUUCCUUUUUUGAAAUGCCAAUUUAUCUUAAACAUUCUUUUGACCCGUUUUGUAUCAUCAUUUGUAUCAAAAAAUCAAGUUGUCAAUGCAAGG